AAACAGCUAUAACGAAAAUUUCGAAUUGUGGCGUAAGUCAAACGCGUCUUCGUAAAUUUUUUUCGAACGCUCAAUCGAAAAAAGAUUUAAAGUUUUAAAUAUUGGUUUAUUAAAUAAAAAUUACGCAGAAUUUGAAGUAAUGGUUUUAAUUGAACACAUUGUUUUAAGAAAUUAGUUGGAAAUGAUUAAAAACGAAAAAAAACCAACCGAAAACGAAUACAAAUCGUCAAACUCGUUGGAACUUACAAAUGGUCCACGAGAAAAUAAAAAUCCAGAUUUAUCAAUAAAAACUUCUGAUAGCAGCAGUAAAACGUCAACGACAACUGAAAGCUUAAAUAUAAUACCUAGUUCAUCAGACGUUAAUGCAACCGGUUGCUUUGAAGAGUCACCUGGAGAUAUGGAAGCCAAUCCAAAUAAAAGAGGAAAUAACUGCAGUGCAAAGCAACUGAUUGUAAUGUCUCUAACAACGUUUGCUGUCUUUCUCGGUAUUGCAGCUGCUACUGGCAUCACAUUAACUUUAUUUACUAAAAAAAGCCAUAUUCAUGGAAAAAUUCAUGACACAUAUGCAGCAGAACUUUAUGCAAAAGCCGCAGUUUCUAGUGACGCUGGGGCUUGUUCAAAAAUUGGUGUCAAUAUUCUUCGCCAAAAUGGCUCUGCAGUGGACAGUGCGAUUGCUACCACACUAUGUUUAGGUGUUAUUAAUAUGUACGCAACUGGUAUUGGUGGCGGAGGAUUUAUGCUUAUUUAUAUAAAAGAAAAUAAUACAUUUGAAGCUCUCGAUUUUCGCGAGAGAGCUCCUGGAAAGUCUACUGUUGACAUGUUUGAAAAAAAUAUUAACAAAUCACGAUACGGUGGACAAGCAAUAGGAGUUCCUGGUCAAAUUAAAGGUUUGUACUUUGCUUGGAGAAAGUAUGGACGAUUGCCGUGGGAAAAAAUUGUCGACACAGCUAUACAAUUAACUACUGAAGGUUUUGUAGUUCAUCCGAUUUUAAAUAGAGUCGCCACAUUAAGUAAAGAGUUCAUUAAAACUGAUGCUGGAUUAAGAAACUUAUUGCUUACAUCGGGAUAUCAACCCAUACAAGCUGGAACUGUUUUAAAAGAUCCAAAGCUGGCAGAAACGCUAAAAAUUAUUAGGGAUGAUCCUGAAUCAUUUUAUUCUGGAAAAUUAGCAGAAAAGAUUGUAAAGGACAUAUCAAUAGCUGGGGGUAUUGUGACUUUGGAUGAUUUAGCAGAAUAUAAAGUGGAAACUAGAAACAUUAUUACAACAUAUAUCAAUGAUUUAAAGUUAUCUACUAUAGGUUUACCAAGUGGAGGAGUGUCUGUUAUACAAUUUUUAAAUAUAUUAAAAGGUUAUUUUUUAUCUCCUCUUGAUAUGGACCCUACAGACCCUGAAAAAUCAGCCAAAACAUAUCAUCGGAUAAUUGAAGCCCUAAAGUUCACUUUUGCUCAAAAAAGUAAAUAUGGCGACCCAAACUUUUUAGAUAAAAAUCAAGUGAAUAAGGAAACUGAACAUGCCUUGGAUGAAAACUUUGGAGACUCUUUACGCCUAAAGAUUGACGACAGCAAAACUCGUGAUUUUCAAUACUAUGGAUCUGAAUAUGUAAUUCCAUCAGAUAAAGGAACAUCGCACGCAAGUAUUCUUGCUGAAAAUGGAGAUGCUGUUUCUGUCACUACAACUAUUAACGAAUGGUUUGGAUGCAUGUAUCGAUCAACUGAAACUGGUAUCAUUUAUAAUAAUGAAAUGAGUGACUUUAGCACAAUGAACACAGUACAAGAAGGUUUAGCACCGUUAGCACCGUCUCCAUACAAUAAGGUGCAUAGUGGCAAAACUCCGGUCUCAUCAAUGUCACCAAUCAUAAUGACAGAUAAAAACGGAGAAGUUAAAUUCGUGAUUGGAGGUACAGGAGGUGGUAGGAUAAUAGCUUCUGUGAGUCAGGCAAUUAUCAACAAAAUGUGGUUCGGUCUAGACUUGGCGCAUUCAGUUGCCUCACCACGCUUAUACCAUCAAUUAUGGCCAAAUUAUAUUAAUAUAGAAGAAGGAAGCAGUAUAAGCGAAGAGAUAAUUAAAAAACUACAAGCUAAAGGCCACACUUUUGAAACUAUAUUACCAAUGAAAACAUCUGCGCAAGCAAUAUAUGUUGAAAGACCUGGUAUAGUUUACGCUAUGUCAGACCCAAGGAGAGAAGGGAAAACUGAUGGCUACUAAAAUUGAAUGAAAAAAAAAAUUUUUUUGUAUUUCUAUGAAUUUUUUAAAAUGUAUAAAUAUUUUUUUAAAAAUA